UGCCUUCACCGAUUUGUCGGUGGCCUGGCCUGCGGGCAGCACCUCAGUACCAGUGUGGGCGUGCUGUUGGCCGUCGCACAGGAUGCCAGUGCUCCUCUCGUGCAGGCCUGGGCACUGCAUGCUCUGGCUCUGACCGCGGAAUCUGGAGGCCCAAUGUUUCGCGAGUUUGUACAACCGAGCCUCAAGUUGGUUCUUCGUCUACUCCUAAAGGCAUCUUUCACCGCUACCGACGUUCAUAUUAGUCUAGCCAAACUCCUCGGCGCUCUAAUAACCACACUGGGCCCGGAACUUCAGUCUUCCGUUGCUCCUAAAUCCAACGCCGGCCUGAUUUGCCUCUCCUGCUGUUCCAUCCUGUUGGAGCAUCCAGAUCCUCGAGUUAUGGCAGAGGGCAUUACCAACUAUCAACGCCUUCACAUGUUCGCUCCGCACUCCGUCAACCUCACUCAGUUUGCUCCUCACCUUUAUAACUGUCUGUUGAGCAAGCACCUUGUUCUUCGUCGAGCUGCGGUUGCCUGCAUUCGCCAGAUGAGUCAGAAGGAAGCCAAUGAGUUUUGUGAGGCGAUCGGAGCUGCCGCUACCGCCACUCCUGGUGCUCUCGUGCAGAAACUAGAGACCGGUCCUGUUCCAGCUGCCGUCGCGAAACCUGCUACCUCCCUUCCUCUGGAGGCCAUUCUCUUUAGUCUUCUUGAUGUAGAGUCGCACUUCCGAAUGCGACGGGAUAUUGAAGAGAGUCUUCUGAGUCUGCUGCAGUCGCGUGGAACACUGCACCUCUCCGGUUGGAUAAGGAUUUUGAAGCAACUGCUCCAGGCAAGUAGUCGACUUCUGGUUCUCUACAUUUAUCUGCUCUCCCCUGUUUUUCGAAAACCCGUAACCUUCAAAUCCCUACUCCUUUCCCACUAA